CUGUUUUUUCAAUAGAAGGUGAAAGGGAAGAUGACUGGUUACGAGAUGCAGGGUUUUACUUUGAAUCCUUACUUCAACAAGCAUUAGCUGGUCAGGAUGAAGAGGAUCUAUUAGAAGAACAGUUAGCUACACUUACUCAUCAUCAAGCAGAAACAGUAAAGAAACGGUUUCUCACCUGGAAGAACACGUUUCGUCGUAAACGUAAUCAUGAUCGUUUACCAGACGUACGGGAUGUGUUCUGUCAAUUAGAGCAUGAAAAAGACCUAAUUCAUGUGCCUACAGAAAAUUUCUCCAGUUCCAUUGAGAAGCACCAAGGACAUUUUCCAGAAUCUGAAGAUAAUCUUGCUCAUUAUCGGGCCCCAAAUAAUAAUGAUCAAUUUGCAGAAAUACCUGGGAUUCAGGAUAAAUAUUCUAAGUCACAGCGUAGGGAAAAGGCUUUUCGGAGGUCAGGUCACAAAGAAUAUCAGCUAACAGGUUAUGAUGAUUCCAGUUCAGGUAAAUAAACCACGAUUGUAGAUCUAGCAGGAAAGCUCGACAGUCUAGAGUGACCCUUUGGCAAUGAUUGAGUUGAAGCAAAUAGCAUUUCAGUUGAAUUUGGUAAAAAUCUGUAUUCCCUAGAUAUCGAGAUUCUUCGUUAUCAGACCCGGGGAACAAUAAGAGAUCACACAAAUCGACAUAUGCCUGCUAAUUACUUGGAGAAUCAUAAACUGUCAGCAGCCACUUUAUGUUCACAAGUGGAUGCUAAAAGUCCUGAAAUUUUAGGGUUUCGUGUGAAGGAAAAAGGAUUCACUGAGCAGCAAAACUGUGAAGAAUUACCAGAAGUGGAACAGAUAGACGAGAAACAUGGAAUCACUUAUCCUGCGGAUCUUGGGAAAGAAGAUCUUGUUAAAAUUCGACAUUUGGCCCUCAUUGAACUGACCACUUUGUUUGAUUCAUUAGGGUUAACUUAUACACGAAAGAAACCUACAAAAAUAAAAAUAAAAGAAAACACGAUUUUUGGAGUACCAUUAACAAUACUUUUGGAAUACGACUGUCAAAUGUAUACACACUGCAGAGUACCUUUAGUUUUUCAAAAGAUACUGUUUUACCUAGAGAAUCAAGGCCUAACGGAAGUAGGGUUAUUAAGGGUUGGGUGUUCCAGGCAGAAAGUUGAGGUACUGAAGAAGGAAAUUGAGGCUAGUUUCUAUACUUCUCCAAAUUUAGUUGACAAUAUUUUACACAGCUGUUCUCCACACGAGGUAGCCAGUUUGUUGAAACAGUUCAUCCGGGGCCUUCCGGAACCUCUUCUCACCAACAAAUACAUGAACGCCUUUCUACAAAUACAGCAUAUCCAAGAAACCGUUAAACAACUACAGACGUUAAACCUUUUGGUAUUACUGUUACCAGAAGCUCACCAAGAAACUUUACUUGCUCUUGUCACUUUUCUGGCACAGUUAGCAGCAAAUGAAGACAAGAAUAAGAUGAAUCUUCGGAAUAUCGCUAUGAUAGUAGCACCAAACCUGUUUCCUCCUCCUCCAAAAGGCGACUUACAAUCGGAACUUCAUGUGGCUACCAUAACGUGCAGGGUGACGGAAAUGUUGAUCAAAUACAGGGACAUUUUGUGGACGAUCCCAAUUUGCUUGUUAAAACAAGUCCGAAAGAAUAACGAAUACGAAGCCUUAAAGAAAACUGACCAUAAAUUAAAAAAGAAACUGAGAAAGAAAAUACGAGUAGAUUUCUACGAAAUAAUAGAACAAGAACAAUCGAACAUCACCAAGGCCGAGAUAGUAAUAAAACCCCGACAGUUUAAUUCCCAACCUUUCUCUGUAAAUAUUGACGUUAAUACUAGGGUUAGCGAUGUGACCUAUACAGCGGCUCAACAUCUUGAUGUGAUUUUCUCUUCACAGAACAUUGCUAAUAAAGACGGUUAUUCUCAAAGAAUGACGUAUGAUGUUGUACCUGUGUUUAAUCCAACUCAAACUUGUACACAAACGAAUACAGAUGCUGCUACUUUUCUGAAGACACAUUCUUUGCAUGAAAUUGGUGGGAACAUUGGUGAGCGUCGACUAAGAAACGAAGCCUUCGCGCUCGCUAUACAUGUAGAAAACCCCUCUGCUGGAUGGGAACUUCGAUGUUGCCAUUGGUAAUACAUUUUUCAUCAUACAAUCAAUGUGAAAAACGAGCUUCACAUUACUUCGUAAGCGAAAAGGGGCUUAGGUGGUGUAUCAACUUGAAAUGAAAAUUGAACAGACUCUUGUUUACGUCGUCAUCACAGAAUUAUUGUUACAAAAUGAAUUUUUUAUCUAUUGUGUUUUAGAGUAUUUUAAAGGAAGAUCGUGAAAACAAAUUAAGUUGUUAUUCUUUUUAUGAAUGAAGUUGAUUAAUUGAUUUUUGUAGAAAAUUUUAGUACGUAAUUGUUUUAUAUUUAGUACCUACUUAAAAAGUUGAAUUGAAAUCGUUUUAGAAUCAAGCUUCUGAAAAUACACUCAAACAAAGGUGUCAUUCAUACUCACGAAGUUUGUGGUUUACUGAAAAACUGUAAAAAACACCUCGGACGUUAACUAGUCUAUUGAUUAUAUUAUUGAUAUUCACAACUUCCAUGUAUUUGUCUGAGAUGCUGUAAGCACGUUGGAUAUUAAUUAACUAGUUUAUUGAUUGUAUCAUUGAUAUCCAGAAUUUGUAUGUAUUUGAUUGAAAACUGUAAACACGUUGGAUAUUAAUUAACUAGUCUAUUGAUUAUAUCAUUGAUAUUCGCGACUUCCAUGUAUUUGUCUGAGAUGCUGUAAGCACGUUGGAUAUUAAUUAAAUAGUCUCUUAAUUGUAUCAGAG